AUGGGCGUUGGGGGGCGGCGGUGGCUGUCGAGUGCGGGCCCGCGACCAGGAACAGCUCCCCGGGCGGGCGCGCCGGCGUCGGACUUCCGAGGCAGCGGCUUCUGCCUCUUGGGGAAGGGGCCGGCGGGAGCUGCUCUCGGCUCGGCGGUCGCCGCGCCCGCAGUCUGGAGGCGCACCGGAGCGUCCGGGGCGCCCCCCGCGGGAACCCGCAGCUCCCCGGGGCGCGCAUCCAGCCGCGGCUCCUUCGGCCCGGCACGCUGCGCCCGGGGGCUCGGCGGACCCCGCGUCGCCGCCGCUCCCGAGCUUGUGCGACGCGGGCUGGCCGGCGGGGCGGUGAGGGCCCCGGCCCGCCUCCCUAGCGCCCCGCCCCGGCUUCUCCCCCUGGCGGUGGAAGCCUCGGCGGUCGCCGGCUACACUGAGCGCGCUGGAGCCCGAGCCGAGCCGAGCCCGAGCCGCUGUCGCCGCCGCCGCCGCCGCCGCCGCAGCCGCGCGCCGCUCCCAAGCUCCCUCCCAGCGCGCCGGCCGGGGUGUGGGGGGCGGCGGGCCGGAGGGACUAGGGCGGGCGAGAGGCGCGCGCUGGGAUUGGCGCCGAAGACCGGACCCUCAGCCGCUAGGGAAAUGGAUCAAAAGACUCAGCCAGCAAAUGGUGAAUCAAUGACAAGUCGAUAAUAAGGGGUCUGGAGAAGAUCAAAGGGGAGCUUGCAUAUGAGAUCUCUUUGGAAACCCUGAAGCACUCUGUGAAUGAAAAGGGUAAAUUUUUUUCUCUCUUCCCUUGUACCAUAAACUCCAUGAGAGCAUUUGACAGGGUCAGUUGUGUUGGUCUUUAAAAAAAAUGUUUCAUGAAGUAAGUAUAUAAAAAAAAAAAUAACACUAUAAACCUUAAGUCUUUACAAUUUUUAUUUGCCAAUUAUGUGUCAAUGAAGAGGGGAAGUUUUGAUAAAACAAUGAAGCAUUGAUUGAGUGAAUGAAUCCAUGAAUGUUAUGGAUGUUAUGUCAUGUCUGUGUCCCCCGAAAAUUCAUAUGCUGAAAUCCCACCUCCUAGGAGGUGGGGCCUUUGGGAGGUUGGACCUUUGGGAGGUAAUUAGGUUUAUAUGAGGUCUUGAGGGCGGAGCUCCAUCAUGGAAUUAGUGCCCUUAGAAGAAGAGGAGGAGACACCAGCGCUUUCUCUCUCCACCAUGUGAUGAUACAGUGAGAAGGCAGCCAUCUGCAAGCCAAGAAGA